AUGAUGAGGAUUGCGACUGACAUUGUUACUGCGAUUGAAAGGACUGAAAAGUUUAUUUGCUGCUCUAUGACCGAUGCUAUGUGGAUGAUGACAAGCGGUGCCGUUGAAUGCCCAGGUGUGUGCUUCACAGCUUACUCACGCUGCCACAUACCUCUAGGGCUGCAGCCCACUAACCGGAGCGGAACCAUCGAGAUGACUCACGUGUUUUUGAAACCUAUGAGCGCGUUAGUCUACAGACUACUAGUAGUGGCUAAGCCCGUGCGGUACUAUUUCUAUUAG